GCUGCUGGCAGAGCUCAGAGAGCGCUCAGUGUGCGGCCGGGGGACAUGGGAGAGAGCUAGCUGGACUGUCACCACCAUCCUCAUCAUCCUCAGCCACACCAUCACCUCCACCAUCACACAGCUCUAUGUAGGAACCCUGCCCCCUCCACUGCUAUUAGCCUGCUUCUCCCCCCAUAGCCCCCCAUCAUAUAGCCCCCCCUAUCAUAUAGCCCCCCCAGCCUAUAGCCCCCCUAUCAUAUAGCCCCCCAUAGUAUAUCCUCUCUAUAGCCCCCCCUUACUGUUAGCCCCCCUUUACUGUAACCCCUAUUGCUGAUUUUGCUUGAAAGCUUUUUAUUAUUUUUCUCCUCUUUAUUAUUAUAUUUUUUUGCACAGAGUUUACCUUAUUUUUUAUUUUUUUUGCACAUUUUUUCCCUUCCAUUUCUUGCCCGGAUUUUGCACAUUUUUGCCCCUGGUUAUAUUAUUAUCACUUCCCUGGAUUAUUAUUAUUAUUAUUUCCCUGGAUUAUUAUUUUUAUUAAUAAUUAAUAUAAUGGAGCUGGAGCACAUGUUGAAUGAUUUCACCCACAAGCUCUCCCAGCCCAGCCUGGCUUGCCCCCUCCUGGGCCCUCAACAUGGGGUCCUGUCCCCUGUUACCAGCCUGGCAUUCAACAUGACCCAACUCACCGGCCUGGGCAGGUAAAGAUACAGCUAUCUAUCUAUAUACUGUGUAUUUAUAACUAUUACUGGGAUAUUGCACAUUGCAAUGUCUGAUUUACAGCCUGAUACUGCAUGUCUCCAUUAACUGUGACUUGUAUACAUGUAUUAGAUUGCAAUCUUUUCGGGACAGGUCCUGUGGCUGGUUAUUAUUGUGUGUUUCCUGGGUUAUGCUUUGUACUGUGUUAGUCCUGGUUGCUGCUGCAUAGCUGUCACAUACUGUGGUUUUUACAUUUAUAUGUGUUAAUAUAUUUGGAUGUAAUUCCUAGUUGAGACUUAUGUCCAUCCUGUGCCACGUUCUGUAUUUGAUAUUCUGCUCCAUGCUUCCCUCCCUGAUCUCUAUAUACUAUGUAUUCUCUUUAGGUUGGAGUGUAGGAUUAGGGAUAUAGACAUUAAUGUUAUUAACUGUGUAAUAUGGAGCUUUGCUUUGUCACUAUGUAGCUGCUAAUCAUGUAAUAAGAUGGACUGCCUGCAUGUUCACUGGAGGCAGCCAUGUUGUUCUUCUACACUAGAGAAUGUGGUUCACCAAAAGUUGGCUAGAUACAGUAUUACAGGUGAAUUGUUGUCUGAACAGGAGACUUACUGGUUAUAAAGUUGUCUUCCUUUAAAAAAUAUUUUUCAAAAUGUCAGCUCCCACUUACAAGUAUUUUGUGUGUUUUGAGUUUAAAUACAUUCCAGAAAUAAUUGCAUAAACAAUAAAUAAGUACAAGUUCAUUUGUGAUUAUUGUAAAUAGCCAGUAUGUAGAAGAGUGUUUAUUUUUUUUUACUUGUCUGCCAUGCUGAGCUAAAUUCUGCAGUUGAAUAGUCACUAUAACAUUUCUACUGUCUUUGCAUCAAUUUGCAAUCAAGAUACACAAAUUAUAAGACAGACACCCCUCAGGCCUCAAACUGAGCCCCGCUGUCUAAAUUUACAUGGAGCACCUUAUAUUGUCCCCAGAUACUGGAAAUGUGCAAAUGUUUGUAAUUAGUGUGUAAAUUGAUUAUUCAAACAGGCCUUUUUCAAAGUCUCUAAAAUCCAAGUUUAUUCAAAUGCUUAUCAGUGCAUUUAAUUAGCUGUCUGUAACAAUCUCCAAAUAUCUCCACAAACUGGGCUCUGUGAUAGGGACUGUAAUUACCUGAAAACCAAAUCUUUUAUUAUGUAGAAAUCUUGGCAUAGCAAAAAUAUUUGCCCUUUAGCAACUGCAGACUGCAACUCUCAUCAAGCUCGGGCCAAAACUCAGUGCUAGCAUCUCCUUGUCUUGUAUUAUAUUGGCAAACAUUUCUUUAUAUAUAUAUAUAUACACACCAUUCUAUUCUGCUAUCUCCUCAUCUUUAGCUAGCCAUGCAUUGACUACUCAUUCAAUGCAUUACAGAUACAAUGGCUCUUCACAUCAAUUGCAUGUUAAAUGCUAUUUUCCCACCAAAGAAUCCAGGUUAUCCUUUCCCUUAAUCUGUUGCCUGAGGGCCCUUUAUUUCCUGAAAACAGUGAUAGUAGAUCAGUGGCAAAGCUGGGAAGGGUUAUUCAAAGGGAUCACUUAUAAUUCUGACACCUCCUUCAUUGUCUGUCCUGUUACAUGACCUAAUGAUCAGUACAUGUCAGGGUUCAGCUAGGUCUGCCCUACUUGGAACAGUUACACAUUUAUCUAAAAUGUCAUUUUUACUCAGCGUCUCCUGUUGGUUUAUUUUAGUCACUCAAUCAGGCAUUGUGGAGAACUGAAAAAAUGAUUCAGGCCAAAAUAACUCAAAUUUCUCCCAGUUGACUAUUUUUGUUUAAAAUUACACUUCUUAUGUUUGUCCUCUCCCCCCCAAAAAAAACUGUUUAGUGGAUACCCACUCUCCCAGGGGUGCCAAAAAGGUAGAUCCCCAGAUGGUGUAGAACUACAAGUCCCACGAUGCUUUGCGUGCCUUUAGAAUGAGAAAGCAUAAUGACAGCUGUAGUUUUAAAACAUUUAGGGAUCUAACUUUUGGGCACCCUUGCUCUAGCUUGCUAUUUAUACUAAAUAUCUUGUUUAUAUUCUUACAGAGCUAUGCACUAAAGUGAGUAUUCAACGUGACUUUCAAAUGUAAGGUCAAAGUAGUCAAUAUGGAAAAGUUGGCUAUAUUAUUUUCAGUUUGGCUACUCUGGCCUUACAUUUGAAAUUCAGUACUGUGUAUUCUCACGUUAGUGAAAAACCCAGUGAGUGUUUUUAGGCUUGCAGUAUGCCAUGCUAACUAUGCUCUGUUAAGCUAUUUAGCCGUAAGAUGGUUUUAGAAAUAAGCAAGUAAUAUUUGUUUUGUUUUAUUUCCAGCCUCAGUGAUACCCCUAAAAGGAAAUUGGGAUUGUCCUUCCCAACCCCAUUAUCUUCACUGUCCCGAACAUCUUCCUCCGAAUCAGCUGACUCUGGUACGUGUCUUGAGGCAAAACCGAAAUAUACAAAUAUCAUGUAUCUGUAGAACACAUUGUGCUGCUAGUCUCCAAUAAUGUUAUUAGUAACACUCUGUACAUUUUACAGGCUACCACAAUGGGCUCGUUUUACAAUACUGCUUUCUUUUACAUUCGUACUGUGGAAUGCUUUUAAACUGUUAAACCAGAAUAUUUAUCGAUAUAAUAACGAGAGAAAUUGUGUUAAAUGAAGCAAAGUGAAUUAAGAGAACUGUGAAGUGUUGGGAAUUAACUUGUCUCAGUUUCCAAGUUGUAAUUUUUUCCAACAAUUCUCAGUUUAGCCACGAAGAUCAAUAAGAUUUAACUGGCAUGUUAUAGUGUUUAUCAGAGUAUUGGACUCGUGUCUAUCUGCUGCAGAGCUGGUCUCAUCCUGUAACGUCACAGUGAUAAGGAAAGGACCACUGAUGUGCUAAAGAAUUUGACCCUGACAUUUCCACAUCCUAGUAAAUAAAACACUCCCUUCUUAUGUCCUCAGGUCUCGACCUGGAUUCUCCAAGCUCGCUGGACCCAGGUGUCACUAACGAAACGUAAGUUCACGCCUUCGGUUUCUUCACUUACCUGCAGGAAAGCGGACAUGUACCCACGUGUGUCUGAAAUGUACAUGAUCAAUAUUUGAGUUAGCCCUACUUGUUCCUUGUUUAAAGGAGACGUGUUUCUCUGCUUUGUUUGCCAAAAGAGCUGAAAACAUUGCUCUGUCUGCUCCUCAUCAGUCUGUUUGCAGCAGGGAUCAUUAACACUUAAUUUUGUCAAAUAAAGAGUUAAGGUAUCUGUUUGAAUUUAGAGACAUAGUGGCUCUGCAAAGCUCAGAGAUUAAGGUUUUUAAAUCUGCUGAAAUCGCCAAACAGUUUACCCAUUCUUCUUUAGAUCAUAUAUUAGUUUGGUCUUUGCCAUCCCUAACUGGUUAAAAAAAUUUUUUUUACCGAGAACAUUAUUUAUUUACCAUUUAUAUGGACAAUGUAUUAAUAAAAAGAUCGGGCUCUUAUCACAAACAUAACUAGGUGGUAUUCCGUGUUUUGAUAGUGUGCAAUAUAUUGUCUUUAAUUUUAUUGUGUGUUUCAUAUAAUGGUCACUUUCUAAAUAGGAAUCUGCUGUAAUAUUUGGAGUUUGUAGCUCCCGUACAGGUACAAGUAAGAUUUCAAUAGCAGCUGUUACAAUUACCUUUUAGUUAUGGAAGAGAGUUCCCUUUUUAUCAGAUAAUCACAAUUGGACAAUUUGUCCAGUUUGGCAAUUUUACAAACAAUCUUGAAACACUUAAAUGUGUUGUGUAGUGAAUAAACCACUGUGAUCCUCAUUCAUUAGACAGUGAGUAGUGACAAGUUAAAAACCACACUGUAAAAUUUGAGUGAAAACAGACAAGACUGAGAAAUUCUUCACUUUAGCUAUUCUUGUAUAAAUUUCGCAAUUUGUUUCUCACCUGAUUAGAGAUAACUGAUUAGCGAUUUAAUCUCUUUAUUUGGAGCGCAGACUCCAUUGUGAUUCUAAUCGAUAUUAGUUGGUUUUUUUAGUGACGUGGUGGGGUGCUCACAUUUUCAUGCAGCUGUCCCCCGGUGGAAUGUGUGUUAACAGCUGCUGUGAGAGACAGAUGCCAUGCGGCACCACCGAGGUGGCCAUUUAAAUGAUAUCCCUUAACAACUGCGGGGCAUAUGGAUGAUACCCCAGUUCACAUCGGCCUGUCCAAAUAGAUCUUUUGUCUUGUCUUAGGCUCACCUUACAGUGUGCAGGCUCACAACCUGCAGAUACCCAACCCCCCCAAAUAAUGUGAUUCCUCGAUUGUUAGUUCACAAAAUGCACACUCAGGUUACUGAGAUCUGAAACCGCAGAGCCCCUGAAUGGAGUGGGCGUUAAUAUCCUUUCGGUUUCACUAUUCAUAACACAGGCCUGGCCUUUGUUACGCCUGCCCUGAGCAUUGCGGAAUGUGAUUAAUGCAUUCCUACCAACAUAGAAGGCAAAGUACAUCAAUGUGUCUUAACCCAUUAAAAACCUGAUUGUUUUUUCCUGUAAGUGAUAACCCUCCUGGCUUGGUUGAGGUUUUUUUUUUUUUUUUUAAUCUGCCCAGCGUGACAGCUUUAGGGUAAGAUAUUUUAAGAUUGUGAGAAACUUGUGAUAAAAAACAUAAUGCACGUCUUGGCUUCCGACUUGGGGUGUGCGUUGUUUGAAUUCUUAGCACAGGAAGUUUGUGAUAGGGUCUGAUGUUUAAUUAACGGUUGGGAAAUAGGGACGCCAAAUUGGAGACUUGUUUCAGCUCUGCCUCCUGGGAUCUUCACAGAAAGUUCUUGUAGGAUUUGGUCCCUGUGACCUUGAAAGGACGCAGAGUAUUGUUGCAGCUAAGAUGCUGUUUUUUUUGGAAGUUGUUGGUGCAGCAAAUAAAACUAGUUGCACAUUGUUGCCUUCUGUCUUAAAGAGCCAGAUCUACUGGUAAAAGGAUGUGAGCCACAUGCAAUUUAGCAGCAGAUAGAGAGCUGGAUACACAGGCAGAUACCUGCAGAAAUAACCUUUUGUGUUUCACACAAGGGCAAUCCUUGUAAUCGUGCCUUGUUGGCUCCGGACAGAUGGCAGGUUGGGUAUACCUGGAUAGAGGUGGCAGGUGCAGAGUGUAAGCUGUGUUUGCUCUAAUCUCCAAUAAGUAACUGGUCAUAUAGUUCUUUCUUUUUAAUUUGGGAGUGGGUCUUUAGACAGGACAGCUUUGUAAUAUUCACCAGGCCUUAUCUCUCAGCACGCUGCAUUUUCUAUUUUGUGUCUAAAGAGCAAUCUCACAAAUGGGUUUUCAGAGAUCUCGUGCGCAUUUAUUUAGCGCCUGUCCCUUUAAUCCUUCGGGUCAGUUCUCAUUUCAUGCUAACCGGUCACAUAGGCCACGGUUUGACAGGUGGCGUUGGUUGGGGGAUAAAGUUGUGAAGACCCCGGACAUGGAGCAUCAAACAUCUGCCCAGAUUCCUUCACCUUUCACCCCUCCGUGUAACCACAAAUCCUUCACUCAAUUUUAAGGCCAUUUGACAACAUCCAUUAUUUUUAAUUGGUUUGUAUUGUAAUGCUUUAAGUGCUGGUAGUGCGAGCCAGGCAGGGUAGCAUUGGGGGUUUAUCUUCCAGAAUUGCUUUGUUUCAUUUUAACGCUGUUUUUGUGUUACAUUGAGAUGUCCCAAAAUGAGCUCAGUUUCUUGAACAAAACAAGUAGGGGUUUAUUUACUUAAUCUUGAAUUGACCACUGAAUUGUAAAAUUUACAAUAGAAUAGUUAAAUUAACCUCGUUUAGUGACAUUUUACUGUACCUUGAAUCCAAAAACCUUAUUUCUCCAUAAUUGGUCCAGCAGAAUUUUUUUUUACAUUACUUUCCUUUUUUUAAUACUUUAUUUCAUUGUAAUACGAGUGGUUAGUUUGUGUUUAAUGAGUUCAUCUAUAUUCCCCAAAAUACAAUAAUUGUCAAAAUAACCGCAGGGGUUAUAGGUCUUCUAUAUAAAUGGGAAGGGGGAGGGGGGCGUCUGUCUAUAUUCAAGGGGAGGAUGUGGAGUUUUACAUUUUUUCCAAGACACAAAGCAUGUCUAAAGAAAUAAUCUUUCUUUUCUUACAAAAAGCUCAAGUUAAUUGGGGCUCUGUGUGCUUUCCAUCUGCCAUUCUGUGCUGUCCUGAAUGGGACGGGGAGACCUUUCAACACGUGCUCGGUGGGCAGACAUGCUGCCUGGUGCCUGAAUAGGCUGAAUGGAUGCUUUGAAAUGCCACACUUGUCCCUUCCUGAUCCUCCAGGCAGACAGCUGUUGGGGGCCCAGCCGUGCCUGCAUUGGCCAUAUGGCCCAGGCGAACAAAGGCUGCAAUUUGCAUACAGGUGGAGGGGACUGCUUUGCUAUAGGAGCUGUGAUAAAGCUCUUUACAGCCACCCUAGCUAUUUAUCCAGGUUGGAGCUAAUGGCUUUGUUGUAGGAUUGUCUUGGCAAAUGUUUAAUCUUUGAGGGUUUUUUUUGUUUGGUUUUUUUUUUAUUUGCCUAAUUAUUUAAAGAUAAAUUAGAUCACCGGGUCAUUACACUUAACAGCUACCUGCAUGCUGCCUCUUUUAAACAGUACAUAUCUGGGAUUUGUGAAAAAAAAAUACAGUUUUUAUUGAUUUAUUUAAUUAGAGCUUUGCUCGCCUGCUAAUUUUAAUGAAGGCAAUUAUUUAAAAGGGAAAAAAAAAAUUGAAUGCAAAGUGUUACAGUUACCAUACUGGAGAUCUAAUCAUUCAUUUAGAGAAAUCUUCAUCGAUGUGAUUUUUGCAAUGUCUACGUUUUUAGUGUUUUAAUGCAUGCGUAUAUACACGCUGUAUGUACAUUUUCCUUUUAUUUAUCUUUGAAUUUGGAUGGCUCGUGUAUGGAUGUUUGUGUUGAUUAUUUAUAGAACAAUAGAUUGUUGUCAUUGCUCAGAGACCUCCUUCCUUUACUUUGUGCUUAAUUUAAAGAACACGCAGGAUGGCUUCUUACAUUUUCUUCACUUCCUUCCUUGCAGAUUUGAGAAAGCUAUUUUAGAAACGUCCGUCCUAGACAAUGAGUAAGUAUUUCAUUACAUUUAAACUAUAUCCUUUUGGCACGUGUCCAUUACCAGAGAUUCGUUUUUAAUUUAGAAAUUUAUUUGUUUGUUUUCUUCAGAGAAAUACCAGCUACAGUAAACCAACCUGUGCAUUUAUUAGUCGUCAACCCAGAUUAACUAUUAACUAAACUUUCUCCACGUGAAUGAUAUACAAACAUUAUUAUUAUUAUUAUUAUUAAUAAUAGAUAUCCCAAUAUGCUGCCAAUACCUGCUAAAGACUGAAGAUUUAAUUGUAUGAAGUGGAUUUCUGAUGAUUAAUCCACCUUAUGUUAACAUGUUGUGAGACUUACAAAUGACCAAUCAUGGGUUUUUUUUUUGUUUUGUUUUUAGAUUUAACUUGAAGUUGCCAAUCAGGAGACUAUAUUCAUUGCCGGUAAGUUGAUUUAUUACAUAAUUACGAUUUAUGGGUAUCAGGGUAAAAAAACAGAUUGUAUCCGUUAUGACUGAUGAGAUGCUUUGGUCGGUGUGAAGUGACAUUAGGAAGUCACUGUGGGCAUCUAGCAUUGCUUACAAAAUGUUAGCUAUGCACAUUCACCCAAUACCUCUAUGUUUGGUUAGCAGGUAUCAAUCCAAGGUGGCAGCCCAGCUUUAAGAAAACUUUCUCUUCCAAGUGACCUGGAUUCCCCGAGACCUCUUGAAAGAAGCCCGGCAACGAGAGACAACAAAGAAAAUGUAAGAUUUGAUCAUGUUUCUUGUGCUGAACUUAGAGGGAAUACAGAUAAUCUGUCCAGUGAUGGAGAUUGUAUGAUGGCUUUAAGGUCACCUUGACCUCUCAUGAUCCCUCUAGCCAUUUCGGAAUGCCAGAUUAGUUUUUUAGAUCAUAAUGAAAUGUUAGUAUGGGAGCACUGCAUUUCUAUUUCUAAAUAUCAGGAAGCACACUAGACACGUCUUUAAAAAGCAAAAUGCUACUUCAGUAUAUUUGAUCAUUUUUAAAUUUAAAACUGAAUUUUUUUUGUUUCUUUAAAUUUUAUAGGAAGUAUUUUCUUUCAAGAGGCCGUGGUUGCUUCCCUUCCCUCAGUGCAGACUGCGAAAUACUGAUGAAAAAGAAGUGUUCUCGGAACGGCCUAACUCUUCCUCGGCUUUCGUGGUAAGUGUCAAAACCCUUUUUGCAAACCAAGCUUUCUGGUACCCUGAUAUUUGGAGUGUAUAGCAUGAGAAAAAUAUCACAAGAUUACAGAAUAUGAUCUGCUCACUGUGCACAGAUAUCGAGUAUUGAGAGAAGUUUCACUCGGACGUUGUGUUAAUGCUUCUGCUGACACUUAGCCUUGUUGAUUACAAUGGAAUCCAGUUAUUAAAGAAUAUGACAUAUUGAUUGUCCCUCUAAAUGCCGGUUUUAGGUCUGACCUGAGUUUAUUCCUUUUGUCUCUAGCUGUUCUCUAACACAAGAAAUGUCUCUCAACUGGAGGAAGAAGAAAGCCCCGUCCGAUUGCGCAAAUCCUCCCUCACAUUUUCCAUAUGUAAUGACGAUGAAGAUGAUGGCUUUAUGGAGAUUAUGGAUGAUGAAGAUGCAAAGGUACACACAUAGUGCUUUAAUUACUAAUGCAGCAAAGUGUGAGCAGACGGCCGGUGUAAUGAAGUGUAUUUUAUUUUUCGUCUUUAGAGAUAUGGUGUAUUAAGCCUUUGUUUAUUAAACUUUCAUUCAUGACACAGCGCUUUAAGAUGUUGCAAUGUUGUUAAACCAUUAAAAGACAUUGUAUAGAUAUUGUAGUUUAUAAAGACCCUGCACUUCCAUAGAUCACACCAGCCACUCUGUGUCAAUAUUUAGGACCUUUGUGUCUGUGUAGCUUGCUCUAAUUUAAGUUUUUUGUUUUCUUUUCAGGAUGAAUCAGACAUUCCCCCUGGGAUGGAAAACCUGCUGACGGCCCCUUUCGUAAACAAAGAGAGCGAUUCUGUAAGUGUUCCUAAAACCUGCACCUACCUUCUAAGGCUGAUCUAGAUGUUCUGACUGUCAAACUCUGCUCUUAUAUAAAUAGUAUGUAUCACUGAUCCUCUCUUUGUUCCUUGCUCUCACAGGAUUUGGUAAUAAGAAGCAAACGCCGGCGUCUGUUCCGGUCCCCUUCCAUGCCCAUGAGUGUAAUUAGGCCCAUAUUAAAACGUCUGGACCGGCCGCAGGAUGAAGACACCCAAGUGAAAUCUAAGAGGCAUAAGAACAUGGCCGCCAGCUUCCCAGAAGAAGAACAUAAACAUGAGGAACCGGUAUGUAUAACUCAGAAAAGAACAAUUUUUGUUCAUUAACCUAUUAUUCCUUUGUUGAUGAGUUUGUUGUUUAUUGUUAGGUGCAAUCCCAUCUCUGGCCCUUUCAUAAAAUAUUUCACAUAAUGUAAGAUUAAUAAAACACUAAUAAUUUGGGCUAUUUAGAUUAUAAUAAUAUAGGAAUACCUUUACAUAAUGAAAUGGUUCUGGCUGUACCAGGAAUGGUCAUUAUACAUGCCGCCAUUUUUGCUGAGUGUAUUGAUAGAAGAUUUGAUGGUUUAAUGCUUUGUGAGAAUGAAUGUCUCGUUCCUGUUGCUUGGGCCUCUAAAGGAUGAAAUGACUGAUGCCGGACUCUAAGAAUUGAUCUGUAGCUCUGUAUCUCAUUUUACAGCAUUGCUAAUGUACUUGUUUGGUUUCUUUCUUUCAGAAAAUGAAGAUCGGAAGAUCGAAGUCAUUGUGUCUUAGUAUGGUUGAGGAAGUGAUGGAUGACGAUGAGAGAGAGUUGAUUGGUGAUUCCUCUAAGGUGAGAGAACAUGAUAAUAACUGUGAACAUUUACACUUCGUCUUAGUAAGUGCUUCGGAAUUGUGUAUAUAUAAAAAAAAAAAUUCUAAACUGAAAAACCACCAAAAUAAAGAAUAUACAAAAAAUAAAUAAAAAAAAUUCUAUUCUAUGGCAACGUUCUAAACGUUGAGCAAUCUGCAGGAAUAUUCCAUUGGGUUCCAUGGUGACUGCAUCACUCUUAGAAUUUUUCCCCACACGCUUGCUUUUAUGUAAAACCCAUUGUUAUUCAAAGAAACCAUUGUAUUAAAAAACUCCACUUUUUCUCAGUCAACAUGGUUAAAUGUUUUUGUUUUGUUUUUUAUAGCUUUUUAUUUACUCAAUAUGUGUUUUAUUUUGUAGACAUAUUUAUUAAAGACGGUGGAAGGCAAGCACCAAGAUUUGAAAUACAUAACUGGAGAAAUGGUAAGUGACGUCACUAAACAGAAGUACAGGAGUUUUGGGGAUGAAUUCAUGGCUCUGCCUCCCAGCAGAGUUGGUAGACGGAUCAAAAUAAUGAAUAACCACCUUAUUUCCUCCUGUUAGAUGGAUGCUGUGUUGAGGGGAAGAUAUAAAGAUGUGAUUGAACGUUGUGUAAUCAUAGACUGCAGAUACCCGUACGAAUACGAAGGAGGACAUAUCAAGGUGAGAGGCACAAAUCUAAUAGAAAAAAACCCUAUACUAUCACUAUAUAUAGACGGAAGGACUUUGACACACUAAUCAAAUAGCCCUGUUCAUCUGCAGAUAACGAAACUGCAGCAAUGCGAUAAUCAGUUACUUUGUGUGAUCAUAGUUUAUGGGACAAUGGUUUCCCAGUAAUUAAUAUUUAAAUAUGUCUAUUUUCUCUCAGGGUGCAGUGAACCUACCUCUGGAGCAAGAUAUUGACGAUUUCCUACUGAAGAAACCAAUUCUACCAACAAGUGAAGACAAAAGAGUAAUCAUAAUCUUUCACUGUGAAUUCUCCUCCGAACGAGGACCCAGGAUGUAAGUAGCUUUUACAUAAACUCUGAUUGCUUUAACACCUAUACGAAGGUUAAACAAUAAUAAGUGCAGGCUGAGACGCCUACACGUUGGAGUGUGAUUAGCAGAGAUUCUGUGAUCACAAAAUCCAGUUGUAGUCCGGAAUGUGCAUGUUAUCGUAUAGAUAACCCCUUCAGUUUACUUAAAGUUAUUCAGCUAUUACAAAUUCAAACUUAUUAACCUCUUUUUUUCCAUUGGCGACAGGUGCCGAUUUGUCAGAAAGCAAGACCGAAACAGCAAUGAAUAUCCAAACCUACACUAUCCAGAGCUUUAUGUCCUUAAGGGAGGGUACAAGGAUUUCUUCCCUGAAUUUCAGGUUAGUAGAGAAUUUAAUGGUUCUUACAAGGCACAUACCAAAGACAUUACCCAAAUUUCUUGACAUGACAAAACAUCCACUUGAGACCAGAAAUGCAGAAGCACUAUUUCCAGAACUACGGAAUGCAAUAAAUCUUUUAUUCUAUUGGUGUAAAAAUGUAUCUCUCUAGGAGGAGGAGGAGUCUAUUUUAUUUCUGUUUACUGAGCAUCAGCAGCAUUUCACCACCUCUACUGGUGUAAAUGGAUAUGUAAUAUUGUAUAGAGCCCUCAGAGACCAGUGCAGACUGUACAAUGGGAUGUAUCAGCAGUCAGUAUGUAGAUCUUACUGCAAGCAUAUCACAUCAGACCUUCUAAAUCUUUCUUAUAUAUGGUCGAUGACCCAUUCAGUAAUGGCCAAACAGAUUCAGUGAUUCAUUUUUAAAUUGUAAUGUAACACAACCAAGAUAAAUAGAACAAAACACCUUCAGUGAAUGAAACACGAUGUACACAAUAUUCAAUAAUGUUUUCCUCGUUUUCUUUUAACAGAGCCAUUGCGAGCCUCAGGCUUACAGACCAAUGCACCACGAGGACUUCAGGGAGCAUCUGAAACUUUUCCGUUCCAAGAGCCGAACGUGGAUUGGAGACAAAAGCAAAAGAGAAAUGUACAACCGACUGAAACACUUGUAGACGAUCGAGAUCUUUAAAAAAAUAAAAAUAAAUAAAUUUUAAACAAAAAAGGGCAGGUCCCUACAACCACAGUUUUAUGAAAUAGCCAGAUUGGAUUAUGUUUCACUCAUGGUCUAUCUAUGGAUCUACAAGGUUUCGUUCUUCGACUUGUUGCACAACGGAGAUGAUGGUCUUGGUUUAUCUCCAGCCGCCCAGCACGGAGCUCGUCCUUUCUCUCUGGAAUGUUUGUUUAUUGGCUGAAGAAACAUUGUUUGUUCGGAGACUGUAUUUUCUGUCUCUUGUUAACAGAUACAGUUUGCCAGCAAAGAAAAAAGGGUUAUUUCCACAAAGAAAGGAUUUCUUACACCAGCAUUAACCCCUAUGUAGACUUCACUGGACAAUCACGCAGAGGAUUAAUUAUGCUGCCAAUCAUAAUCCUACUUACAGUGGAUCGCCGACAUUCACUGCCACACAGCGUCAGACAUAUCUUUUAAUAUCCUAACAAUGGACCAGUUCCGGUUAGGAAGAGACCCUUGAAGCUUCCCACGCUCUGCCAUUAACCAGUUGUUGGAUAUUUUUAAUGUCUUUGCUGCCGAGGAAUGGCGUUCCAUUUCUUUUAUAAUUUGUGUGUCUGUGUUUGUGUGUGGAAUGAGUGUUUGUGUAUGACUUGUUGCACUUGCACUUUUAUUAACCUCUCAAUCACUGAAGAGGUUUUCCAGGCAAUGCAUGGCCCUCUGUUUAUUAAGAGGCCAAUCAGCUUCCCGCAUUUAUUACGGAGUUUGCCAUGGGUCUGUAUGUGCAGCGUUUGUGUAAUGUAUGUGUAUUUGUAUAUAGCGUAAAGAUGUGUCCCCAGCUGCUUAAUGAUGUGUAUUAGCCAGGAGGGAGUUGAUGUCUGUUAAUAUUGGUGAUUAAAUGGGAAUUUUGAAUAUAUCAGCGUGCUUUACUUGUUUCCAGAACAAUGGCAAAAAAAAAUAUUAAAAAUUACUUAACGCUCCAAAAUAAUGACAUUAUUUAUGGCAUAUGCACAUAGUUUACAAAUCAGCUUUGCGCUGCUCAACUGGGAAUCAUUUUGUUAAACAAAAUAGAAAUAAUGAUUUAUUCAUUUGCUGUACAAAAAAAAAUAAUAAUAAUAAUUCAGAACAUUUAAAGAGUGCCCUAUUAAUAGCGUAACAUAACAGGUAGACAGCCCGGAGUGAUAGAACAUGGGCCAGGGACUGGACCACUUAUUUCAUAAUAGAAGCUACAUUUCCUGACUUCCCAGCCCGUUGUUUAAUCUGCUGUUGAUUCAAACAUUUCAAACCAACUUACUGAGUUUUUUUAGUUUUUUAAUCAAUGGGCGAUUAAUUCAAUAUAACUAAUAAUGUGUAUGGCAAAGUUUCACAAUCGCUAGACUGUAUUCUUUGCACAGAAGCCUUAGUUUCCCAAACAUUGUUGCUAUUUAUUCAGACACGUCGUUAAUUAUAUCCUGCAACUCUAACGUUUGUCCCCACCCUGAAUUUGCACAUUUUACAGCCAGGGCUAAACUUGGGACAAAUACAGAGGAUUUAAGUGUAAAUAAUACUUAGGGAAGGUGACCAGUCCCUUUGUAAACUACCCCUUGGCAGAUACAGGCAGGCAUACAAUAAGUAAUGUUGCAGAUGCAUUCUGUGCUUUGUAAAUAUAUAUUGCCAAGUCUGUCUGCCGAUCAACAAAUUAAACAAACGAGUGAAAACCGGAAAUAAAGGCCUUAUUUACUGCACCCAGAACAGUAAACCUGUCCAUUUAUUUUUCCUCUAUUCUUAAUUAUUGGAUUGGUGAAACAAACUGUGAAUAACCAGACACAUGUUUUUAUUUGAGCAAAGGAUCUUGGUGUUUAAAAAUACGAUUAACCUUACCAACGCAUUUCACCCUCAACUACAACAUCAGUUUCUUGAAUGUGAAUCUGUUAGAAAUAUGUGCAACUCAGGAAUAUUUAAAGAUGUGAAAUGGUGCAACAAAUAAAUCCUUUUAAGGUUUCAUUUUGAAACAUUGGCUAUUACUGAAACUAAAACAUCAUACCAUUAAUCUGCAGUACAGUACCUGCCACUCCAAAUUAGUACGUCUUAAACAAGGAGCUCCUAGGAGCUAAAUAAGUGGAUAUUCCCAUAGUGUUCAAAACACUUUCUAAAAAAUUAGAAACUAGAAAUAAAUUGGUAGAAAUGAAGGUCCCAGAGGUUUUUUGAUAAUCUAUAUUCUAGCUCAUUGAGUACCACAGAUGCGUGCAUUGCUAGUUCAAAUGAAUUGGGCAAGGACGUAAAUGACAGGUAACCAAAUAUGAGAUAUUAUGGAUUUAUUCUAUGAUUAUUCUAUGGUUAUUUCGUUCGCCAUAUCCAAGUGGACACAACAGAAGGAGCUUGGUUCCAAAACCUUGGUUCCAAUUGCCUUCUCUGUGUACUACUGGGAUAGGUACAAUGUUACAAUGCAGCACCGGAAAUCAACAAACCAGAGAACUCCGACGGUGCCCUUUAUCCUGAAUUUCCAAGGUUCGCUAAGAAAGCACUUUCAUUUGUUUUGCCAUUUUCUAAAAACAAGUAACCAGAUUCCUCUAUUGCCCUGCUAUUUAAUAUCUUAUUAUGCCCCUAUAAUAUAUAUUCAGCUAUUGUCUUUUAAAUCUGACUUAUUAAUAUUCUUAUUGUGUCUUUAAAAGCAUCAUCUAGUUCAUUUUUUUUUUUUUUUUUAAGUAUGUGCGGUUUCUUUUGGCAUGUUUUUUAUAAAUGUAAUGUUUUUCUGCCCAUGUAACAUUCGGAAAAUCAGAACCUGAAAUUGAAAAGGGAUGAUUUAUAGAUAGUGGCAUUUUACAGCAAAUAUAUAAUUUUUUUUUUAACCGUUAAAUGACUUCAAUCUCUAAAUAUUUCUUUUAUUUAUAAAGUACCCAGAAAAGAUUCCCACUAUAAUGCCGCCGUACAAAAUGUAUUUAUUUUUAUGCACAUUUUAUAUAAAAUGUAUUUCUUUAAACGAUAUAGGAGAGAUGAAUGCCAUUUCUCCAAACCGCAAUAAUACUUUUUGUGUUGAGUUUGGCCCCAACGUAAUAUUAUCAUUAUAAUGUAUGCUGUGUUUAAUGGUGUGUUUUUCUACGUGCUAUGAGUGACUGACAUGUCAAGCUUCUCCUUACCACAUUAUUGUGCGCACAUUUAAAUAUUUGAAUUUCAGGGAAAAAUAAAAUCCUUGUCUUAAUAUUUGAGUUCUGAU